AAAUAAAUUAGUUUUAACAAGGAGAGACCAUAAACAUUUGAAAAUUUAGGUUUUCUAAAUUUAAUAUAACUGUCAAUUUCCAACUAAUUAUUUCAACAAUUAUUUGAAAAAUAUAACUCUAUUGUAUUAGAAAACAUAAAGGAGCUAGGUUUACCACACAAUGGCUCAAGAAGAUGAUGAGGAGGAUCUAGUUUUUAACGUUGAAGAAGUGCAAAAACUAGUAAGAGAUAACAUCGAAUUAUGUUUAGGGGGGAACGUUUACAGUCAUUCUCGGGCACCUCAGUGGAUAACUGUAAUCACAGAAAAAACUUUGGCGAGAUUAACAAAGCUAAAUAAGCCUUUUAAAUACAUAAUGAGAAUGACGGUCACCCAGAAGAAUGGGUGUGGUCUGCAUACGGCAGCAGCAUAUUUUUGGGACACCGCAACAGACGGAACGUGUACUGUGCGCUGGGAAAACAAGUACAUGUACUGUAUUGUUAAUAUUUGGGGACUUGCGUUACAAUAAUAAUACGACUUUGACUUAC